CGAAAAAGUUUCGGGUAUUAUCAUGCUUCCACCACAGUACAGCGCGACCCCAACCACGAUGGACUGUAAUCAAGGAAUUUAUCUGGAACGACUACUUCAGCAACAACUAUGCCAGCGAAAGAAUGGGAAUAACAUCAAUUCGACUGUAAACAAAAAUAUCAGCGAUGGGAACAGUUCAUUUGGUAAUUGCUCAGCUCCUUCAGGAUUCAUAGCAACGAAUACUACAUCGAUCGGAGUAUCCAAUACCGGCAUCGGUCUCGGAAUGCACCAGCAACAGCACUUUCAAAAUCGCAUGAUUGCGUUCCUAAAGGAACGGCAGCAACAACGACAGCUUGUAGCAAACGGGAUUAUCUGCGCCCCUUGCGAUAUGACGUCCAAUCCUAGUAUCCCAGGCCUAUCCAAUAUCGCUGGGUUGGGUCACCAAUUAGUAGGGAGAGAUUGUGGUGGCAUUGGACAAACUAUUCCUACGAGUGCAUUAAUAGAUGGGAUCAGUAGUGGUGGUCGUGGAGCUAGAAAUGUCAGGGGUUUGGGGAACAGGGGUUUCUUAUAUCCUAGCACUGAACAAGAUUUUCUCUCGAGCUCCAAUCCAUAUACUGCAGUGGGAGAAAUCACUGGGGAACAUAACACUAAACUUAGAAGCAACGGAUCUGUUGGUGCUGGAUCCCUGAAUUCUUCCAUGGGGGGGUUAUCUCAGUUUUCUAUUCAACAUCAAGCACUGACCCAAGCUGCAUUGAACUCUUACCAGAAAGCGAACGAAAAGAGGUUGACUGAUGUGAUCUUGGCCAAGCAGGCUCAAGUUGCAUUUCUCGAAGCGGCCCAGGUCCACGUUCCACGGACUAUCCGCCUUCCUUGCGGUGCAAGAGGGAUGAAAGCUGAUCACAACUCAUCUGUAAGUCUUUAGAAUAGGCCGAAAAGUAUCACUCAUGCUGCAAUGAUUUUAUUGCAAGCAUUCUUUUGUGCUGUGCGAGGGCAACUAAUGCAAUUUCUUAUUUCAAUUCACCGCUAUAGACCGCAUUCUUUGACAUACCCGAAAACGCCCGACACGGGCAACAUCUGCUUUGUUCGCACUCCGUCUGCAGAGCAGCUGGCGUGAAGUUUAGGUAUUGCUUCUAUUGUAAAAAGCCCGUUACGAAACAAAACUUUAGAUCCCGUCACUUGCACGCCAACCUCGAUCCCAAUAACAAAGAAGCUGAAAGAAAACCAAUCGAUAAAUUGAAGGAAGAAAAUAAGAGCAAAACGGAAAUCUGUCAAAGUAAGGAAAGCAAUGCGAACAUGCCGAGUACAUACAAAGCUACGACGAAACCACAAAUUGCGGUUUCAGAAAGUAAUUCCGUCAAACUUUCAAAGAGCUUGGGUGACAAAAAUUCGAUCGAUUCUUCUCCUGCGCUUCCAAGUAUCAAACGUAAAAAAGAAGAGAACAGCAGAAGCACAGAAGCUGAGCGAGCUCAAAAGAUACCUAAAUUAUUGCUAUCAGAGUUGGGGCCAUGAUACGUCAAACCCAACCAAUAGGUCGAGUUUUGGGACCACGCAAAUUAGUUUCUUUUGAAGGUAUUCAAUCUUGGACCCGAAAGGUUUUUUCUUUUUGUCGUCCCGAAAUGGAUGUUUCUGUUUGCAUUAUUAGAAUUUUGGAAGAAAGUUAGACACGACGGAAUGUCAGAAAGUGGCCCCUUUGGGCUCUAGAGGUCAGUGAUAUGUAGAAGGCAGAAAGAUGGGAAGUUGAGGCAGCUCACCACAAAUGCUUGCCAAUUUCGCUGGCCGAUGGUUCGACUUCUGUAGUGGAUAAUGCAAUGAGACUAUGUCCUUAUGAAUGGCUAGAACCUCUCAACCAAUGAAAAAGAAAUGGGUGGGAUGAUUGUAAAGGUUCAUUUUACUCGAUCAACUACUAAACCGUAUGAAGGCGUAUGCCAACUUCAUUUUGUUUGUGCAAGUGAACCUUUGCAACAAUUUUGAGCCCGAGGUAAGGGUUUUGCGGUAUCUCGAAACUACUGUAGAAUAUUAAUAACGCCACUUACCCAAG